AUGCCGGACGGAGCUCAGUCAAAGGAGAAAGAAGCACAGGGUGAGGCACUCCCCUCAUAUGAAGAUAUCUCCGGCCCUUCGACUAUCAGAGAGACACCGGAAACGGGGCCGACAGCUGCCUCCCCUUUCAAUUUCCCUCCAGAUAGUGACCUACCACCAUACUCGGCUUUAGCAGUCAACACUAGCGAUCGGCGUCCUAUCGCAAUCCCCCAGAUCCAAGCAGACCCCACCUCCCCUUUCCUCGAAGCAUCCUCGCCGUCACUACUACGCCAUGGAAUCACGCAAGCGACCUGGUUCGGAUUCAUCCGCACUCUAUCAGGUUUUCUAGCGGCGACCGUCUCACAGAAAGCCAUCAGCCAUGCCAGCGACAUGGCGCAACACGUCGGCGACGUGCCCAAGCGCUUCGGCAAGGAUACAAUGGCGCACAUUAAAGCCUCGGGCAAAGCUAUCAAGGAUACCGCCAAGUCGGGGAACUUCAUCGGCGCCGCAUUUCAUGUCGUAGGCGCCACCAUCGGCAUCCCAGUUGCCACCGCCCUCCGGGCCGCCGGCGCCGCAGUCGUACUUCCGUUCGCGGCUAUAAACGCCGUCAGCCGGGAGCCGAAGACGCCAAAGGAGCGCGCUGUCGCAUACAUAGCCGCCGCGAACAUCAAGUGGUUGCACCGGCGCGGGCUCGACGCCCAUCUGUUGGACACGGCGGAACUGGGCCAGGUUCUCGGCCUGUCCGUCGAUGAAUUACUGCAGGCUUCGCGCGGGGCCAAGGACGCAAGUGCGGAAGGGCAGCUAGGUGCUCUAGGGUCACAUAUUGCGGAACUAAACAUACGGGUUCCUGGCCCGCUUGAGUUGGGAGCUGGGACUUUUUGGCUGGUGGUUACGGAGAGGGGCGAGGAUCCGGAAGAUGCGAGUGGGAAGGGCAAGGGAAAGGGCAAGGAGAAGAAAAAGAUAUAA